CCUCGAAGCGGUAUAUUCAGUUUUGUUGUUUACACACUACUGAGGUGUUCUUCAGGUCACUGUCCCUGUAAGAUAUGUGCACAGUAACCAUAACCUGCUGAGUAGUUGCUUAAGAACAUUCGUAUUUUAUAUAGAAAUAUCGACCAUGACUCAACUCUUCGAAUUAAUCGCCGCCACAUUAUGGUUCUGGACCUUUUCAAUCGGCUUCUUAGUCUCAAUUAUCACUUCCAUUUUAAUUCUAUUCUGUCCACCCCUGCGAUGGGUGCUCGUUCUGUACCUUCUCUGGAUUUGGUACGACCGCAAGACCAGCGAACGUGGCGGCAGACCCAUCUCAUGGGUCCGAACCUUUCUUUGGUGGCGCCUCAUGAAGAACUACUUCAGCCACAAACUAAUAUCAAACGAAGAUGACGAAUUCGACCCUAAGAAAAAUUACUUAUUCGCAUGUUACCCCCAUGGCAUGCUCCCAGUGGGCACGUUUGCCUCUUUCGUGGAUGGGUGCAGGAGUAUUUUUCCCAAACACGAAGCCUACACUACGGUACUAAACAUUCAGUUUUGGAUGCCGGUGAUAAGGGAACUCUUCUUAUCAAUCGGGGCUGUUUCGGUAUCAGGACCCUCAAUCAAAUAUUUACUAAGUAAUGAAAAGGGGGGCAAUAUUGUAUCAAUUCUAAUCGGGGGUGCAGACGAAUCUAAAUACAGCAAACCGGGAAAGUACAAAAUCAUUUUAAAUAAAAGAAAAGGUUUCGUUAAGAUGGCACUCCAAACAGGGGCGCCUUUAGUCCCCGUGUUUUCGUUCGGAGAAACGGAUGUUUUUGAUCAAGUGGACUUCCCCGGAUUUGGAUGUAUAAGAGACUUGGUUAAAAAUACAUUGCAGAUUGGUUUAGUUAUUCCGAAAGGGAAGUAUUUCAUUUGUCCACAACGAGUCCCUGUUGUGACAGUUGUUGGGUCCCCGAUUAAUGUCACAAAAACCCCAAAUCCCACCAAUGAACAAAUCGAUGAGCUGCACCGACAAUUUGUUGAUAGUAUUAAUAGACUUUUCGACCAGUAUAAAUACAGAUACGCCAAAAAUCCGGAAGACACUGUUUUGGAAAUUGUUUAAAUUUGAAUAAAGGGGGUUUAGGGGAGGAUUUUCUGUGGCUUAAAAAGAUUUUGUUAAUUUAUUUUGUAUUAAAAAUGUGAUGGUGUAUCGUU